AUGAGUGAUGAUGAAAUAGAAAUUAUUCGAUCUGAGGAAGAAUUUCAAAGGCAAAAUAAAUUAAUAGGAAGUUUGUAAAUAGAAAACAAAGUAUUUAUAAUUCUAUUAUCAACUUAAUUAGAGACUUAAUUUAAUUGAGAAGUAACUAUAAAAAGAAAUAGAACAAUUGAAUCUAAAACUUAAGAAUAUUGAAUCUGAGAAGUUAAUAAAAUAGGUGGAGCUAAGAAAUUGGAGUAAUUCUUUAUUUUAGUUUUAGAAGCUCAAUUAGAAACUAAUUUUAAACGUUCAGAAAUGUAAAAUAUUCAAUAUGAGAUUACAUUAAAGGAUAUAUAAAAGAAAGCUGAUAAGCAGAGAGCUUAUAUUCUUUAACUUGAACAAUAAUUAUAGGAAUAAAAAAAUACAAAAGAAAAAGAAAAGUUAAUUUAAGAGCUUAAAUUAUAAACUCAAUUAUUGUUUCAAUAGAUUUAAGAAAAGGAAGAAAAUCAUAAGGAAAAUGUAGAAUAGAUGAAAAUUUAAUUAGAAGAAGCAAAAAAAUAAAUAGGAUAAGAACAAUCCAUUUCAAUAUAAAUAAAAGAAUAGCUUAAACAAAUAGAAGAUGAAAAUAAAUAAUAAAAUGAAAAAGUUUUGGUAAAAUUAUAAAUAUAUCAAGAAUCUAAUUAAUGAAAAUGGAAUAUAUAGAAGAGAAAAAGAAAAUCUUUAAUAAUAAUUGGAAUAAAUGUAAUUAGAAAUAUAAAAUUUAUCUAUUUAAAUAGGUUUAACUGAAUCAGAAUAUUAAGAAACACAAAAUAAAACUAAAAAAUUAAUAGAGGAACUACAUCAACAAUAAUAAAAUAAAUUGAUUUUGUAAUAAUAAAAAAUAGAAGAAAUUAAUAACGAAAUAAAUUUGAAAAAACAAGAAUUAGAUGAUUUAAAAAUAGCAAAUUAAAGAUUAUAAGAUAAAUUAAAAGAAUCUCAAGAUUAAAGAUUAAAAAUAAUUUAGAUUGAAGAAGAGAAUCAUAAAUUACAACAAAAAUCAUAGCAUAAUGAAUAAAUUUAUGUCAAUUUAAAAAAUUAUACAACUUAACUAGAAUAAAAGGAAAUAAAAUAAUAAUAAGAGAUUUAGAAUCUAAAAAAAAAGAUUCUAGAACUCGACAAAAAAUAAAUGGUAUAUUCUAAGGAAAAGCAGACUUUCAUUUAAACUUUAGGGGACUUUUAGACUUAAAUGGAUGAGUCUUAAAUAUAUAAAAAAAAAUAAGAUAGUUUAAUUUUAAGAUUGUAAAAGGAAUUAUCUGAAAAAGAAUACGAGAAAGAGAUUUUGCUUAAUGUCAAUUAAUCACUUUAAGACUAAGUGAAUGAAAUCAAGAAUAGUAAUGUUCAAUUAAAUAAUAUCAUAUAAAAUUGCGGUUAAAUGAAUAAUCAAAUUUAAGAUCAAAAUACAAAAUUAAAUUAAUAAGUGAAUUACAAAAAGGAAGCGGCAUUAUUUAAAAAAUAGCUAGAUGAAAUUUAAAGUUGGAGUAAAACUUAGAUUAGUGAAUUAUAAUCAGCUCUAGAUGAAAUCUAUAAUUGUAAAAAAUUUAUUUGAUAUUUAAAGAAAACCUAGAAAAAACCUUAUAGAUCUUUAAUAUUUUAAUUAGUACUAAAAUGGCAAAUAUUAUGGAAAACAAUAAAUUAAAGGAUUAUUUUGAUAAAUUUUUAAUUAAUCUGGAGCAGGAAUUAUAAAGAAAAUAAAUAAUAUUGAUACAUCAUUUUGAACAGAAUUGA